UCGUAGCUUAAGUUUUCCGGCCAAAACUCGGUUCGAUGGGCAGCAAGGGCAAGGCGGGUUUAGACUUUUCCGGCAAGGUGGUGCUGAUCACGGGCGCAGCCUCCGGGAUCGGGGCCGCCACGGCGGAAAUGUUCUCCAAGCUGGGCGCUUGCCUGACACUGGUGGAUCGGGAGGAGGAGGGUCUACUUUGCCUGAUGAAGAAGUGUAUAAAGACGGGACGUGAGCCGUACGGCAUAGCAGGAGAUCUGCUCAAGCCAGUGGAGAUCGAGUGCAUUGCGAGGAAGACCACGGAGCGCUUCGGCGGUAAACUGGACGUACUGGUAAAUGGAGCGGGAGUCAUGCCCACGGGUACGCUGCAGAGCACGGAACUGGCCUGCUUUACUCACGUCAUGGAGGCCAAUGUACGGUCGGCGUUCUACCUGACCAAGUUGUUGCUCCCUCAUCUGCUCCAGUGCAAGGGCAACAUCAUCAACGUGUCCAGUGUCGGUGGGCUGCGCGCCUUUCCCAACCAAGUGGCCUACAACAUGUCCAAGGCGGCGGUGGACCAGUUCACCAGAUCACUAGCUCUAGAUCUGGCGCCCCAGGGUGUCCGGGUAAAUGCAGUUAAUCCGGGGGUAAUACGCACUAAUCUGCAUAAGGCCGGGGGCAUGGACGAACAGAGCUAUGCUGACUUUCUGGAGAGCUCAAAACAAACUCAUGCCCUGGGUAGGAUUGGGGAGCCGACCGAGGUGGCUUCCGUCAUUUGUUUCCUGGCCAGCGAACUGGCCAGCUUCGUGACCGGCGUCACUCUUCCCGUGGACGGCGGCAAACAGCUUAUGUGUCCUCGCUAAUCCCUGCAAAGGAGUCCUGUCCAGGCGAAAGCCCUUCCUCUCAUUUGUUGCCCGCCGAUUAAAACCAUCACUAUUAAAAUUCCAAAAUCUUUAGUUAACAAUUUAAAA